UUUUUACGCCUCCACGCUGGCCAACCACCCUGAGGUGCAGCACAUCAUGAAGGUCUCUCUGCUGGAGAAGAUGACCGCCUUCUCCUCUUCUACUGAACAACAACAACAACCACAACCACCACCAGGCGUCGUCUGCCUUACCUGCUACCUGGGCAACAGUUGCCGCUUCAACGAGGCCACCUUCAAUCAGCUGGCCACCCGAUACGUGCUAGAGUGCAAGGGCUACGAGAUUCCGCGCGUCGAGCUGCGCGGCUCGGCCACCAACGACCUGCUGGCCACCCUGGAGACCAACUCCAGGCUGUACGCCUUUCUCCGCGAGAAGCACAUUCCGCGCUAUGAGAAGAUCUUUGUCCGACUGGCGGACAGCGGCCAACAGGCGGAGGAGGACGCCAUUGUGGAGUUGAUACUGCCGCCGGGCUUUGACGAGGAGACCACCGGUCGGUAUCCGCUGGUGAUUGAGCUGUACGGGGCGCCGGGCACGCAGAUGGUGCGCGACAAGUACGAGAUGAACCACUGGAGCUCCCACCUGACCACCGAUCGGGAGUACAUCUACGCAAGGGUGGACGUCCGGGGCAGCAGUCACCAGGGGGUGCGGUACAUGCACCAGCUGUACCGCAAUGUGGGCCACCUCGAGGUGGACGACCUGAUUGAGGUCGUCUGGUACCUGCGCAACAAUCUCACCUACAUUGACCCCACGCGGGUGGCCGUCUGGGGCUGGAGCUACGGAGGCUACUUUUCGCUGAUGUCGCUCAUUCGCGAGUUUGACAAUCGCCUCUUUGCCUGCGCCAUUGCCGUCGCACCGGUGUCCAAUUGGAUGUACUACGAUUCCGCCUAUUCGGAGCGCUACCUCGGCGUGCCCGACAACCGCAACCUCUACUCGUACGAGGACUCAAAUCUGCUCGACAAUGCACUGCUGCUUAAGAAGAAAAAGUUUCUCAUCGUUUUCGGCACCAGUGAUG